AUGGAAAGCCAAAAUCCACCUCCUCAAAACAACACUUCUAUCCCCUUCUUCUUUACUCCUUCUUUACCAAAUUACCCUUUGGAAUCUCAAGAUCAAGGACUAAUUGGUGAUAUUGACUCAUGGGGCAACUUUUUCUUAGGACAAAGUAACAACACUUUGCUUGUUGAGGAUGCUAAGGAGACUUUUUUAAUGGAUAAUAUUCAACAAUGCACUUCUUCUUCUAAUAUGGUGAAUAUUAUUAAUGAAAGUGGGAGUUAUCAACUACAUGAAGGAGAAGAAAAGCGAAACAAGUUAGAGGAGAAAAGGGUUAAAAGUGGGAGAGUGAAGAAGCCAACAAAGGUGCCAAGGUUUGCAUUUCAGACAAGAAGUGUUGAUGAUAUUUUGGAUGAUGGAUACCGUUGGAGGAAAUAUGGACAAAAAGCUGUCAAGAACACAACAUAUCCCAGAAGCUACUAUCGAUGCACGCAUCACACAUGCAAUGUGAAGAAACAAGUGCAAAGGUUAUCCAAAGAUACUAGCAUUGUGGUGACUACGUACGAGGGAAUUCACAACCACCCAUGCGAGAAGCUUAUGGAAACCCUAACUCCUCUUAUAAAGCAAAUUCAAUUUCUUGCUAGUUUGUAA